AUGUAUCGCUACGCUCCUUUCGCAUUGGUUCUCCUCCAGGGGGCUCGUCAAGCAUGUGCUCUGCGCUAUGCUGACAACCAAGUCCCUGUCGUCAAGGAUAGCGAGGUCGUCGCCCAACUUUUCCCCGACUUGCAGGACGUCGAGGUACUGUCACCGGCAUUCCAGCAACCUACUACGGUCCCCAAGGCCUUUGCCAAUGGUAUAAGUGGCCCUACGCCCCAGUUUGAGCUUGAGCAUUUCUUGCAGACGCUUGCCACCCGCAACAAAUGGAUGACUUACCACAACCCAAAUUUCCGAUCUGAGGAAGGACGCUCCUUGCCAUACGUCUUUCUGUCGACAUGUCCCGACGGGCCCAAUGUUUCUGGUGGUCUUGCAAGCCAUGCCAAUGUCACGCAGUCGGAAAAAGUCCGUAUCUGGAUGCAGGGAGGUGUUCACGGUAACGAGCCCGCCGGCGACCAGGCCCUCCUCGCCCUGCUAGGCAAGUUUGACGCCAACGCCACAUGGGCCGCCUCGGUUCUCGACAAGGUGGACAUCUUGAUGCUGCCGCGUUACAACCCAGACGGUGUAGCUUAUUUCCAGCGGUACCUCGCCACUUCUUUCGACCCCAACCGCGACCACACCAAGAUGGCCCGCCAGCAGACGCGUGAUAUUAAGAAGCUCGUCAUGGACUUUGCUCCGCACGUCGGCGUCGACUGCCACGAGUAUUCGGCAUCGAGGGGUUACGACGCCACGGGGAAGACCUGGUUAUCAUCCCAGGACUCGCAGUUCAGCGCCAUGAAGAACUUGAACAUCCACAAGGACAUCAGGGCCCUGUCUGAGGGUCUCUUCACAGAAGCAAUCGCCUCGGCUCUCGAUGCUCGCGGCCUGCGGCAUAGUCCGUACGUCGUCGGCUCCCUCGAUCAGAACGGUGGUGUCGUGUUGGAGGAGACCACAGGUGAUGCCAAGAUGGGCGACACCUCGGUUGGGCUGUCUCAGGCUGUAAUGUUCCUCUCAGAGACGCGCGGUAUCGGCCUGGCGGACCAACAAUUUCAGCGCCGGGUUUCUACUGGCCUGACCCUGGUCGAGACCCUUGUGCAGACCGCAGCCGACAAUGCUGCAUACGUCUAUGCCACCAUUGAAGCGGCGCGGGCCGACUUCAUUUCCAACAAUCAAGAUAUUGUCGUCACCGACUACCUACGACCAACCAACAUUUCGUGGACCUUUGUGAAUGCACCCAACGGAACGCUAGUCAACGUCCCCGUCACUUUCAUGAACAGCACCCCUGCCAUUGCCAACCUGACCCGCUCCCGUCCCGAGGCCUACGUCUUUUCGAGGGCUUGGGCCGACGUAGCCGACCGCCUGCGCGCUGCGGGAGUUGUCGUGGAUGAGCUGCGCUCGGACUUUACUGGUCGAGUCGAAGCUUUUAACAUUACAAGCGCCACGCUGGAACGGAACAAGUACGAGGGUAUUGCACGCACCACUGUGGCAACCGAGUCAUUCAACAAGGUUGUUACUAUCCCAGCUGGUGGUUAUCGUGUAAGCACACGGCAGAAAAAUGCCGCUCAUGUUUUCAACGUGCUGGAGCCUGAAAAUAUUGACAGUUAUGCUACGUUUAAUAUUUUGCCCGUCGGUGCAGGAGACGAAUACCAGGUUUAUAGGGUGAUGUACUAG